AUGACAAUCGAUGACAAAGGUAUCCUCGGACUCUCCUUCCCCGACCCCGGCAAAAAGGGAACCAACAUUUUCGACGAGGCCGUCAAAGAGGGCCUCAUGGACAAGCCAAUUUUCACGGUCUACCUGAAGAAAUGCGGUGGUAAUUGUGAGGAUGGAGGUGAUAUUACCUUCGGUGACUAUGACAAAGAGCAUUGUUGCAACGUCAUGGGAUAUGACGUUGCAAAAAUAAUGUUUGGACACAUGGCCACAGGUCAAACUGCCAGACGACUAUUAUAAAUCCCAUUUUCAGCCAACAAAACAAGCGUUUUAUACGAUGUUUAUGGGCAACAACUCAACAACAAGAAUGACUUGGAAUACUUUGGGAAAAUCACUAUCGGUGGUCAGGAAUUUAAAGUCGUCUUCGACACUGGCUCGGACAUUCUCUGGGUACCGAAAGACGGGUGCUUUUCGAAUGGUCCAUAUUGCACCAGAUGCCCAUAUACCGGCACAUACAACCCGCGGAAUUCUCCCGAUUCCGAGAAUACAGGAGGCAUUUAG